AUGACCCCGCACCGUUCUGAUCUGUUCGCGUAUGAGAACGUGAAUGGUGGCAUCAAAGUAACAAUCGCUGACGGAAAGAAGCUGCAGGUCACUAGACGUGGUACGGUACGCUUGCUUGGACUGGACGGUAAACGGAUUAAGAUGGUUGAAGUUCUUCACAUACCGGGCCUCGAUCGGCGUCUGUUGUCAGUGGGGAAGCUCGCGGAUCGUGGACUGAACGUGGAGUUUCAGCGUUACUCAUGUGUUAUAUGGGGAGCGGCUAGCGCAAUUGUGAAGGGUAAGAAGGUCGGCAAGGCUUACAUGUUAGACUGUGAACAAGAAGAAGCUCGGUUCGUCCAGUACGCCGGGGCUGACAGCAAGUGGGAGCUUUGGCACGCUCGCCUGGGGCAUCCCAACCAGGAUGCUCUGGAUAAGACAAGGCAUGCCACGAACGGUAUUCCGGCUGUUGGUCAACAGCCCCAGUCUUUGUGCGGCGGAUGCAUGAAGGGGAAGCAAACGGUGGCUAAAUUUCCGCAUUGUUCCAGCUCGAAGACGUCGCGCGUUCUUGAGCUCGUCCACACGGAUAUGAUGGGACCAAUGAAUAAUCCUUCGAAAGGUGGUGCCAAGUAUGUCCUGACGUUCGUGGACGACUACUCGCGCUACGUUGUGGCCUAUUUCUUGAAAAAGAAGAGCGAGGUGGCCAUUAAGCUUAGAGAGUUCAUGACUUUCUAUGAGAAUCAAUGGGGAGAGCGCAUGAAGUGUUUACGAUUGGAUAACGGAACGGAGUUUGUGAACCAAGAGAUGACGAAGAUAUGUAUGCUGAAUGGUAUCGUGCAUCAACGGACUGUCCUGUAUAGUCCUCAGCAGAAUGGAGCGGCGGAACGGAUGAACCUUACUUUCAUGGAGAAAUCUCGAAGAAUGCUACACGACAAGGGCGUUUCAAUGGAGUGGUGGGCUGAAGCAGUCAAUACUGCGGUAUAUCUGAUCAACCGUUCCACGAACACGCAAAACGCAACUGUGACACCGUUUGAGCUAGGUUUCAAAGUGAAACCUACGCUAGAUCACCUACGCGUAUUUGGUUCUCGCGGGUACGCUCACAUUGACGAAGCGAAGAGGACGAAGCUUGAACAUAAGAGCUUUAGAUGUCUGCUGCUCGGAUACCCAGAAAACGUCAAGGGUUACCGUGUCUAUGACUUGGACGCUUCCAAGGUCAAAGUUUCUCGCUCGGUGAAAUUGGACGAGCGUGAGGUAGAUGGUAUUUACGAUACACUACCUGCUCAGAUCGAAACAGUUAUUCAUGUUAGCACAGACGCCGAUGAUGAAGUCACGCUCGCACCAGUGGAACUUCAACCCGUCGAAGCGGAACCCAUGGAAGGCGUUGAGAACAACGCACCGGAUGUAGAGAUGGAGAGCAUGCAACCGAUACAGGACGCUAUACCGCCGCUGCUGAUGCCACAAGAACGGUCAGCUCCCACUGGAUUUGAGUUGGAACCGUACCGUGGACCACCGACUAUCUUCGAGGACGAUCAAGUGGUGUUCAAUACCCCUAGAGACCGUUUUAGAAGUUCCCGGGAACCAGUCUUCCUUCUUGAAGAGGGAACGGACGCAGAGGAAGAACGGAAGUCAGAAGGAAGAGAUGGACCGUCCUAUCCGAAGCGUGCCAGGAUCGAUGAAGACGGCCUUAUUGCUGAAGCCUUUCUCGCGUACGCAGCAAGCAUUGACACAGUGGAUCUUCCUACAGCAUACGCUCAGGCAAUUGCCAGUGAAGAUGCUACGCAGUGUCGUGAAGCCAUGGAGGCUGAACUGCUCUCACAUAAACGGAACAAUACCUAG